AUGAUCCCUAGCACACCUCCAAGAGUUGGUCACCGUCGUAAUAGUAUCAAGACUCCCACUGCAGUCUUCAAUGGCAAGAUGAUCCCAUCUACACCUCAACGUGGCAUGUCAGAAACUCCAGUAACUCCAUCUACUGUACAACCUUUCAAACAACCUCCAUUAUUGUUUGAUAAUAAAUUACCAAACCUUUCAAACAAUGAUACAAAAUCUCCUUUCAAAGGUUUGAAAUCUCCAGAAUACACUCCAAGAAAUAAAACUAGCACAAAUGUAACAAGACAAAAAAGAAACUUGACUGCAUCUUUAGAAGCUGCAAAACCUUUAGAAUUGAGCCAUGUAAGUAGAGUUUUGUUUCAAGACGAUACUCACCCAACCACCACUUCUUUUUUAGCACCACCUCAUAACUUGUUUGAUAUCUUACAAGAUGAAGAAGAUGCAGAACUACAAGAAGAAGCUGCUACUGUGUUGGAAGAAGAAUUAAUUUUCUUCCAACCUACUACACGUUCCAAGAAAUUAUCUAAAACUGUUCCAGGAACUCCUAGCCAUAGAAUUACUACUUUUGAAAUUACCAAAAAUUUAAUAUAUCCAGAACCAAGCUCUUUAGAUUUCUCUUCAGACGAAGAAGACGAAAAUGAUGAUGGACUGAUACAGAAGAAAGCUCUGGAAAAUCCCUUCAUCUCUGCCAAGGUCAUAUCUAAAGAAGAAUUGCUAAUAAGGAAAAACCAAUUGCUUGAAGAAAAUCCAGAUAUUGAAAACGUCAUCACUUAUUUAAAUAAAGAUGGUGUAGUUAUUAAAAAAAAUUAUUAA